CCAGACCCGAGGGGAGGGGAAGGAGGAGAAAGAGAGAGGACGCGCGUGCGCAGUGGCGCGCGGGGGGGGGGGAACCUGGCAGUGGGCAAGAAGGCUGCGAGCGAGCCGCGAACCCGGCAGGCGGAGGGCGGCGAGCGCGCGCGCACCAUGGGGGAAAAACCCGGGACCAGGGUCUUCAAGAAGUCGAGCCCUAACUGCAAGCUCACAGUGUACUUGGGCAAGCGCGACUUUGUAGAUCACCUGGACAAAGUGGAUCCUGUGGAUGGCGUGGUGCUCGUGGAUCCUGACUACUUGAAGGACCGCAAAGUGUUUGUGACCCUCACCUGCGCCUUCCGCUAUGGCCGAGAAGACCUGGAUGUACUGGGCCUGUCUUUCCGCAAAGAUCUGUUCAUCGCCACCUACCAAGCCUUCCCCCCCAUGCCCAACCCACCCCGGCCCCCCACCCGCCUACAGGACCGACUGCUGAAGAAGCUGGGCCAGCAUGCGCACCCUUUUUUUUUCACAAUACCCCAGAAUUUGCCUUGCUCUGUCACACUGCAGCCAGGACCAGAGGACACAGGGAAGGCCUGCGGAGUCGACUUUGAGAUUCGUGCCUUCUGUGCCAAAUCCCUAGAAGAAAAAAGCCACAAAAGGAACUCUGUUCGACUUAUCAUCAGAAAGGUACAGUUUGCCCCAGAGACGCCUGGCCCCCAGCCCUCAGCAGAAACCACACGCCACUUCCUCAUGUCUGACCGGAGGUCCUUGCACCUAGAGGCUUCCCUGGACAAAGAGCUGUACUACCACGGGGAGCCACUCAAUGUCAACGUCCAUGUCACCAACAACUCCGCCAAGACCGUCAAGAAGAUCAGAGUCUCUGUGAGACAGUAUGCCGACAUUUGCCUCUUCAGCACCGCACAAUACAAGUGUCCUGUGGCUCAGCUUGAGCAAGAUGACCAGGUAUCUCCCAGUUCCACGUUCUGCAAAGUGUACACCAUAACCCCACUGCUCAGUGACAACCGGGAGAAGCGUGGCCUCGCCCUGGACGGGCAGCUCAAGCAUGAAGACACCAAUUUGGCUUCCAGCACCAUGGUGAGCAGUAAAGGACCCGGAGGAAGGAGGCAUUGUGGAUGUGCAAGCAAAGAAGGCUCCAGGCAGAGAGAUCUGCAAGCUUCAAGGCUCAGCGUGAAGGAAGGAGCCAACAAGGAGGUGCUGGGAAUCCUGGUAUCCUACAGGGUCAAGGUGAAGCUGGUGGUGUCUCGAGGCGGGGAUGUCUCCGUGGAACUACCUUUUGUUCUCAUGCACCCCAAGCCCCAUGACCACAUCACCCUUCCCAGACCCCAGUCAGUCCCCCAGGAAACAGAUGUCCCUGUGGAUACCAACCUCAUCGAAUUCGAUACCAACUAUGCCACAGAUGACGACAUUGUGUUUGAGGACUUUGCCCGGCUUCGGCUGAAGGGGAUGAAGGAUGACGACUGUGACGACCAGUUCUGCUAGGAAAAGGGGCUGGGAGAGGUAGGGGCAGGACCAAGAUCCCACUGUCAUUUCGGGUGGGAGGGUCCCAGCCUCUCCUCCUAACCCAUCCACCCAAGAUAACGCACUGGACCCAUCACUUGUUGAAAGUGGGCAUUAAUCUUUUGACUUCAGCUCUGCUGCCUUAGCCCUGCUCCCCAGGUGGCAAGCUGUGUGCACACCUAAAAUUUCGGGAAGGGAACCCUGAAAAUGAGGAGCGAUAGCAGAGAAAAGUAGGAAAGACUCCCACACUUGGCCUCAUACCAACCCACCCCCAAGUCACCACUUCUGCCUCCCAUUCCUCGAAGAUGAAACUUUGGGCGGGUUGGGGGGCAAGGCCAUUUCUUUGUUUCAGAGCAUAGGGAAGAAAUAAACCUUUGAAUAGGUA